AUGACUUGUUUUUCUUUCUUAUUUGGUAAGAAUGUGUCUUCUGAUAUAAGACGAGAUCCUGAAAUUGAUCAAGGACUUUCUGGUAUUCGAAUUAAAGUUUAUACCUACAAAGAACUCAAAAAUGCCUCUGACAAUUUCAGCCCGGCUAAUAAAAUCGGGGAGGGUGGUUUUGGUUCUGUCUAUAAGGGAGUACUAAAAGGUGGGAAGUUAGCUGCUAUAAAAGUUCUCUCAACUGAAUCAAAACAAGGGGUGAAGGAAUUCUUGACCGAGAUUAAUGUCAUUUCAGAAAUCCAGCAUGAAAAUUUAGUUAUACUAUAUGGUUGUUGCGUGGAAGGAGAUCACCGAAUAUUAGUCUACAAUUACCUCGAGAACAAUAGUCUUGCACAAACCCUUCUUGCUGGAGGUCACAGUAAUAUCUACUUCGAUUGGCAAACACGAUGUAAGAUAUGUAUUGGAGUUGCACGCGGACUUGCCUUUCUUCAUGAAGAAGUAACGCCGCAUAUUGUUCACAGAGAUAUAAAAGCAAGCAAUAUUCUCCUUGACAAAGACCUUACACCGAAGAUUUCAGAUUUUGGUCUUGCAAAACUUAUUCCAUCAUAUAUGACUCAUGUCAGCACACGCGUAGCAGGAACAAUAGGCUAUUUGGCACCAGAGUACGCAAUAAGGGGGCAAUUGACUCGUAAAGCAGAUAUAUACAGUUUUGGUGUCCUCCUUAUAGAGAUAGUCAGUGGGAGAUCUAACACAAAUAUCAAAUUACCAAUUGCAGAUCAAUAUAUUCUAGAAACGACAUGGGAACUUUACGAGCGAAACGAAUUGGUACAGCUGGUAGACAUAUCACUAAACGGGGGUUUCGAUCCAGUGGAGGCUUGUAAAAUUCUGAAGAUUGCCCUUCUUUGUACUCAGGACACUCCUAAGCUCCGGCCAACCAUGUCUUCUGCAGUCAAAAUGCUCACCGGAGAAAUUGAUAUUAACGAAAGUAAAAUAACAAAACCGGGCUUAAUUUCAGAUGUUAUGGAUCUUAAAGUUAGGGGAGCUAAGAAAAAUAAAGAUAUGGAGAGUACAUCUUCAUACAAUGCUUCCUCUGGUUCAGAUAGCCAGGGUACUACUACUGCAACAACUUCAACCUUCACUAUAAAAUAUGAUAAAAGCAUGUAG